AGACUCAUGACGUCUACGUGCGUCAAGAACGCGCCGGCGGUUGUGGGAGCUGCAACCGGGAAGCGUGAACGUCUAGUCCCGCAGCACGCAUGGGGUUGGGCCCGCGUUCUGCUCACAAAGCGCGGCGCCAGUUCUCAGGUACCGGCCGGCGGGGACGCGCGGCCCGGGGUUCGGGGCGUCCCCCUCCCGGCCGCGAUGCUUGUUCCCGGCUGCCGGCGGCCGCGCGUGCGGAGCAGGCCCCCGAGGCUCUCCCGCACCUGAGCCCGGAGGCGCUCGGAUAUUUCCGACGGGCGCUGUCAGCGCUGAAAGUGACUCCGGACGCCGCCGAAGAACGAGAGUUGAUGGCGCGCAAUAUUUUGAAGGAAGUGGAGGCUCAGGCUCUAGCCUUGGCCACGAACCGGACUGGUAGUGAAAUGCUGCAGCAGCUUUUGGGGUUCAGUCCUUUGAAACCCUUGUGUCGAGUGUGGGUCGCUCUGCGCCCCAACUUGCGUUUCGUGGCCUGUCAUCGGUGUGGGGUCCACGUAUUACAAAGUGCUCUGCUGCAGCUACCUCGAUUGCUGAGGAGUCCUGCAGAGCCAGCUGAGGAGGAGGAGGAAGAAGAUGGUCCUUCACAGACUCUGGAGGAGCUAGUCCUGGGACUAGCCGCUGAAGUGUGUGAUGAUUUUCUUUUCUUCUGUGGAGACACCCAUGGCAGCUUCGUGGUCAGAACUCUGCUGCAAGUGUUGGGAGGUAUUCUUCUGGAGUCUGAGAGAGUCAAGCCCCGUGGUUCCCAGUCAUCUGAAACACAGAGGACCUCAGCUCGGGAAUGUAAACCAACUCAUUUUGAGGUUCCUAAAACCUUCUUGAAUCGCCUUCAAGACCUGAGCGCCUGCUUUCUGAAGGACAUUGCUGUAUUUAUCACCGAUAAGAUCUCCAGCUUUUGUCUUCAAGUGGCCUUACAAGUCCUCCAUCACAAGUUACCUCAGUACUGUGCCCACCUCUGCGAUGCAGUCAUUGAUUACCUGAGUUCUCGAAAUUCUUCAGCAGAUGGCAGCCCUCUACUCCUGUUUCUUCGGGAUCAGACAAGCUCUAGACUCUUGGAGCAGGUGCUGCUGGUGUUAGAAGCAGAGAGGCUGCAACGCCUCUUUAAGGACCACUUCCAGGGUCAGCUGUGCUCCUUGGCUGAGCAUCCCAUUGCUAACUUCCCUUUGCAGCGCUUACUGGAUGCAGUCACUUCCCCUGAGCUGCUGUCCCUUGUGUUUGAGGAGCUGAGCCCUGCCUUGGAAGCAGUGCUGGCCCGGGGCCACCCAGGGGUAGUUGUAGCUCUGGUGGAAGCCUGCCGCAGGGUUGGGACUCACCAAGCCCAGGUCUUGAAGCUGCUGUUUGAGGCAUUUCAUUGUGCAGAGCCCCCAUCCCGACAAGUAGCCUGUGUGCCUCUCUUUGCUUCUUUGUUGGCUUAUGAGGUAUACUAUGAACUAAUGGAGGAGGAAGGGGCGGUGCCUGCAGAACAUCAGGAAGAAAUGGCCACAAGCAGAGCUCUGAGGGAGGUGACAGUCCUUGGGUCUCUACUGCUUCAGCAUUUGCUGCAUUUUUCCAACCCUGGACUUGUACUUCGAAGUCUGAGCGCCUUGACCGGACCACAGCUUCUGACUCUGGCCCAAAGUCCUGCUGGCUCUCAUGUAUUUGAUGCCAUCCUGACUAGCCCCUCUGUGACACACAAGCAGCGUCGUCGUGUGCUGAAGACCCUAAAGGGACAGUAUGUGGCUCUUGCCUGUAGCCGCCAUGGCAGCCGUGUAUUAGAUGCCAUCUGGAGUGGAGCAGCUCUGGGGGCUCGGAAGGAGAUUGCUGCCGAAUUGGGAGAGAAGAACCAGGAGCUGAUUCAAGAUCCUUUUGGCCACCAUGUGGCUCGAAAUGUGGCCUUGACUACCUUCCUGAAGAGGCGAGAGGCUUGGGAACAGCAGCAAAGCACUGUGGCCAAGCGGAGGCGGGUAUUGAACUCUAUACUUGAAGACUGAGGCCUUGCAACUGGAAAUAAGUGUUGUUGGGGAGGGUGAGGACAUGCUGUCCUUCCUGGUUUAAGUCGGAGCCAGAUGUAGUAAGAUACACAGAACUGUAAACCUACUAUUCCGGAGGGUAAAACAAGACUAUCAAGAAUUCAAGGCCAGCCUGGACUGUGGCAGCCAGAUCCUGCUAAUCCCUAUGUCCGUUUGUCAUUCUCUCCCCUCCUUCAAGGCAUACUGGUAAAGACUUUUAUAUUUGUCUUGGAAA